AUGAAAAUGGGUAAUGCGUUUCCGGACUAUAAGAAUCCCGAUUGUGGAGCAGGAAAGAAUGAAGCACCAGUAGGCCUGCAACCCUUCUAUGUACCUUCUAUGUACCUUAUUUCUAUGUAUCCAUGUACCUGGAAGGUUUGCCACCAUUAUCGACAGAUGCUGAUUACUGCUGAAUUCGAUCCAUAUAUGGUGACACGGAACAAUGAUGGGUUGACCGCAAUAGGAUGUGAUUUUUACCUGAAAAAAUUUGGGACAUUGAAAGGAUAG